GCCGCCACAGUGCAGUGAAAGUAGUAGUAGACGAAAGCACGACUUACGCUCACAGACACACUCACACUCACACUCACACUCCCGGUGCCGCCGCCGCCACCACCACCACCAUUGCUUUCACUCUCCGAAUGGCAACCAUUCUAUCUCCAAUCCAAACCCUCAAAUUCCGUUCUCCCAAUCCCAAACCUCUCUUCUCUCCCAAACCGCCUCCCAUCUCCACACCUCUCACCUUCCGCGCCGAUAAACUCACUCUCUUCGUCUCCUCCGCCACCUCCUCCGCCACCGUCUCCACCAACGGCCCUCCCUCUCCUCCCUCCCCUGCUCGCUCAAAGGUUCGGCGACACACGAUUUCCGUGUUCGUCGGCGAUGAGAGCGGAAUGAUAAACCGGAUUGCUGGCGUGUUCGCGAGGAGAGGAUACAACAUCGAGUCGCUCGCCGUUGGCCUCAAUGAGGACAGGGCGCUCUUCACCAUCGUCGUGUCAGGGACUGAUAAGGUGCUGCGCCAAGUCAUGGAGCAGCUUCAGAAGCUCGUCAAUGUCUUAAAGGUAGAGGAUCUUUCGAGGGAACCGCAGGUGGAACGUGAACUGAUGCUCAUAAAAGUGCAUGCGGAUCCGAAGCACCAUGCGGAGUUGAAGUGGUUGGUGGACAUCUUCAGAGCUAAGAUUGUGGAUAUCUCGCAACAUUCGGUGACAAUUGAGGUCACUGGAGAUCCAGGGAAGAUGGCUGCGGUUCAAAGAAAUUUCAGCAAGUUUGGAAUUAAAGAGAUAGCCAGAACUGGAAAGAUUGCAUUAAGAAGGGAAAAGAUGGGUGCAUCUGCUCCAUUUUGGCGGUAUUCAGCUGCUUCUUAUCCAGAUCUUGAAGGAAGAACACCUGUGAAUGCCAUGGUGGGAGCAAAAAAUAUGAAACCUGUUGCCAAACCUGAUACACCUGUGGGGGGAGAUGUUUAUCCUAUAGAGCCACCAGAUGGUUUUACAGUCAAUCAAGUACUUGAUGCUCACUGGGGUGUCCUCAAUGAAGAAGAUACUAGUGGAAUUCGAUCACACACUUUAUCCAUGCUGGUGAACGAUGCUCCUGGAGUUCUAAACAUUGUUACAGGAGUUUUUGCUAGAAGAGGCUAUAACAUUCAGAGUUUAGCUGUAGGACAUGCAGAAGUUGAAGGACUUUCUCGACUUACGACUGUGGUUCCUGGGACAGAUGAGUCAAUUAGCAAGUUGGUGCAGCAACUCUAUAAGCUAGUAGAGCUACAUGAGGUUCGUGAUAUCACCCACUUGCCAUUUGCUGAGCGAGAAUUGAUGCUAAUAAAGAUUGCUGUAAAUGCUGCUGCACGGCGUGAUGUCCUUGAUAUUGCUAGCAUUUUCCGGGCUAAAGCCGUUGAUGUAUCUGGUCACACAAUAACUCUGGAGCUUACUGGAGAUUUGGACAAGAUGGUUGCAUUGCAGAGAUUGUUAGAACCAUAUGGCAUUUGUGAGGUGGCACGAACUGGGCGAAUUGCUCUAGUCCGUGAGUCAGGUGUGGACUCCAAGUACUUGCGUGGAUACUCUUAUCCUUUGUAAUCACUUCACCUGGGUCGAAGAACCAUCAAAAUCUUAGGAUUUUAGAGCUUGUACUUUCUCUUAAACUUUGCCUACGGAUUCUUGCCUUCUGAACUAUAAUGUUAAUAAGUCCUUCUGUGAUUAAUAUAGGCUUGGGAUGACAUCUGAGAUUAAAAAAAAAGGUUUUCCUCUCCUCAACUUUGCUUCAUUUUUUGGUGGAAUUACAGUUUACUAUUUUGUGUAGGGACAAAUUUUUUGCUUGUCAAAAUAUUUAUGUUUCUUACUUGGAUGUUGUCUGUUCAAAAUUAAAUUCCUUAUAUUAAUGCUGUCGAAUCCUA